AUGGCGGCGGUGGCGUGCGCAGAGUUCCUGGGUUUGGGCCUGGUCGUCUUCCUGGGCUGCAUGUCCGCCGUGGUCACACCAGAUGGCGAGCCGGAGCUCGUACGGGUCGCGCUCGCCUUCGGCUUUGCCGUCGUCGCUGCAGUGAAGUUCACCCACCAAGUUUCGGAGGGCCACCUGAACCCAGCUGUGACACUGGGAGCAGCACUGCGUGGUGACAUCACGCUACCAGCCGCUGCUGUCUACAUCAUCGCUCAGCUCGCUGGAAGCUCUCUGGCCUAUGGCCUUCUACUGGCUGUGAUGCCCGAGUCUGUAACAUGUGACUGCACCACAGUGCCCAAGCAAGGCUGUACGGAGGCACAGGCUUUCGGCAUCGAGGCGAUGGGUGCCACCGGGCUUGUGAUGACUGCACAUGCCAUCUGGGAUCGCCGUAACCGGGGCACUGGUGAUGCAGCGCCUGUGAAGCUAGGUCUGCUGGUUUCUAGCUAUGCCUUGGCCUCUGGCCAUUACACUGGAGGCAGCAUGAAUCCAGCCCGCAGUUUUGGUCCUGCCAUCUGGCACAACAUCUGGGAUGGACAUUGGGUGUACUGGGUUGGCCCCAUGACUGGUUCAGUGUUGGCGUCCCUAGUCUACCUGGCAGUAUUUGAAGAUCGUCAUGCUUCACAACCUGUUCAGCAUAAGAAGGCUGGGGUUGUUGAAGUUUCCACUGUCUGCAGGGAUGGUAUAUGAAACAUGUACCUCCCAUGUGCUGCAUGAACAUGCAAGAAUGAACCAGUAUAUCUCUGAUACUGUUGCCAAGAAUGUGUGAUACAUGUUAUGAUACCCAAAGGACAAGUAUAGCUUGUUUAAGUACCAACAAAAAGUCACAGCAGAAUGGCAAAGAACUGCUACUGUUACUACUAUUUACAUGAAUUCCUUGCGGCACUUAAUAAUCACAAGAAAACUCAGAAUCACUGAUGGGUAUUUCAUAUAAAAUAUAUUCACAACUAUCUCUCUUUAACAGUUCUUGGCAUCUCUUUUUGAAUUUGGUACUCUGAAUAGAAAGUGUAUGAAGGUUCUUUUCUUCA